UGCCCCCUUGCGGGAAAGUUAUACAUUAUUACUUGAUAAUAUCUAAUUGACUUUUUAUUAAAAAUCUCUCCUGGAACAAAACCUGUAAAUUUGGCUAUAAAUGCAUUUCGGCAGCGGAAACGACAAUUUGGUGCAGAGCUGUCACAUCCGCCGCAGAGCGCAACUGAGGAAUGUGUAUAGUUCCUCUUGUUUCUCGUGUUAAAUGUCAGACCAGUUGCAGGUUUUCUUCCUGUCCAAAGUGUUCCAGUUAGCGGUUUCGGUAUGUUAUCACUUGGCUAGGCGGAACAUGACCUUAUCUGAGUUACGGCGUUUGAAGAAAGUAAACUUAGCAGGACGGGUAGCUAACGUUAGCUAACGGUAACGUUAGCCUGACAGGCGGCGCCGCCUUCGCUACCAGGUGCUGUCGGUGCUUCUUUCUGCCUUUUGACAAGGGGUAGACGGAGGGCGACAGCAAUGCUGCAGCUCGGAGAUGAAGUUACUCUGUACUCGGUCGUCUUCGUGGUCGUCCUGCUGGGGACCCGGAGCCCACUGUGGACCACCGCUCUCACCGCCUCCCUCUACCUCUUUAUGGUCAUGUUCCGGUUUCCCCAGGUGCCGACCAGCCGGGCCCAGCAGGUGCUGCACCCCGCCAAGGGCAAGGUGUCAGUGGUCGCUCACCGGGGCGGUGGUCACGACGCACCGGAGAACACGCUAGCAGCUAUUCGGGAGUUCCUUCUUAUGGCACCACAUGACCAGAAGCAAGCCCUCCUGAAAUACUUCCAACCUUUUUGUUUGUCUGUCCUGCUCCAGGCCAGUAAGAAUGGGGCAACAGGCGUGGAGUUGGACCUGGAGUUCUCAGCAGAUGGCGUCCCAAUACUGAUGCAUGAUGAGACUGUGGACCGGACCACCAACGGGUCAGGGCCCCUCAGCCAAAAGAAAAUGUCCGAGUUGGGUAAGCUGGACGCAGCUGCUAAACAUCGACUCAGGGACAGAUUUGCUGGAGAGAAGAUCCCAACCCUGGAGGAGGCAGUGGAGGAAUGCAUCAAACUGAAGCUCACCAUCUACUUUGAUGUCAAAGGCCACCCAGAUGAGGCAGCCGCAGCCCUAAAAGAACUGUAUAAAAAACAUCCAGUCCUUUACAACAGCAGCAUCGUCUGCUCCUUUGAGCCCAAAGUCAUCUACAGGAUGAGACAGAGUGACCCAGAAGUGGUCACAGCAUUGACCCACCGGUUGUGGAGCCUGAGUCGGUUUGGAGAUGGGACCCCGCGUUUCUCGUCGCUAUGGAAACACCAUUGGUUAACACUAAUGGACAUCGUGUUGGACUGGGCGCACUAUCAUGUACUAUGGAAGCUCUGUGGCAUCUCAGCGUUCCUCAUACAGAAGAACUUUGUCUCACCAGACUAUGUCCAGUACUGGGCCCAGAGGGGGGUGGAGGUGGUGGCCUGGACGGUCAACACAAAAGUGGAGAAAGAGUAUUACCAGGAGCUGCUGAGAGUCAACUACAUCACAGACAGCCUUGUGGAAGACUGUGACCCCCAUUACUGAGAAACUCAUAAACCCAGCACACAGUGUGUUCACACACAGUAGACAUAAAAAUGUCAAAUCCAUAUGAAAGGAACAUUUCACAGUCUACUCAUCACCCGUAAUGUGGCAUCAGGUAAGAGAACGUAUGCCACUAUUUUCUUCCCUUGCACACUUUCAUUACUGUGAGUGUGUGUGCUUGUUUGAGGCAAUCAAACUGACCGGACUGGGUUUCAUACAAGAGGCCAAGUAACAUGUUCAGGCAUGCAUUUAUAGACAUUCUGGUCAUUAGUGUCUAUAACGGAGCCUAAUCAAUUGUACUGUAUUCAACAACUCAGGAUUGCAAUGAUGAUUUUUUUUUUUGGUUGGUAAUCGUGUCUGUCUCACUGUCUUUACUCUGUAAAAGGCCAUUAGUCUGAAGUAAACUACCUAGAAAUGAUUCCUACCAAACCUGAAAAACUAAAAAUAAUUUGAAGAACUUAUACAAAUAAACAUUUUAUAUCUUUGCAGCACAUAUGCAACUGAAAUGCAGAGUAGAACAAGCCUGGCAUACAAAUAAUGAGUUUUAGUACAGUCCACAGCAGGUUUAUAAUGUACAUACACCAUAGAAUAACAUUAUUAUACAUUUUAAGAUUAACAUUAUUUAGGAAAAAAUGAUGUGGUCAUGGUGGUGGAUUCAGACAUCUGGACCCCACUGUAUCUGUAGAGCAGACCGCAGUGAGCAAGCUUUUGUGCUCCUGCUAAGCUACACGAGGAGGAAUUAGAAUUACCCUCAAGUACAAUUUAGUUACACAGGAGGACUAAUGAAUGCAGGAAUUAAUGUGUGAGAUUGUAUGAUUCUUUACAACUGACGUAGAUCUGCAGGUUUUCCACAGAGGUGACGGCUGACAGUAUAACCUACUGGCUUCUGCACAACACAUGACGAACAGUAAAUAGACCGUUCUCACUGCAGAUGUGUUUAAUGGCAGAAGCGUAGGUGUAUCUACUACCAUUAUCUCUACUGAAUUGAGGAGCAAAAGCAAGCUGUGCCGGUGAGCCAGCACCUGCAAUAUCAGGGUCCCAGAAGUGGAAAACCUACAUGGAAUGCAGCCAUUGUUAAUUUUAAUAACGUCUGUGUUUGACAAGUUAAAUUCACGACGUUAGAGCUUUUCAGACUCGACAGGGAUCUGACAUGAGUAAAUAAGAGAGCUGGGCUACUUCUGUUUAAAGGCUCUGUGACCCAAACGUCAACCUUGGAUCGAAGCUAACUUAACAAUUUUAAAAUCAUUAAAAACGACUCUUGAUUUAAUGAGUGAAAAAGUGUGAGACUUAUUCCUCUGCGAGUCUUAAAAUCUGAAGAAAUGGCCUUUUGAUGUCAUAUGACAGUGUUCUGGGGCAGAUGCAGAGUGGGCGGCUGCUGGUUAUGUCGGUUUAAGAUGAAAUUGUUGUGUGGCAUUACUGAGGCCUGGGGACUUUGUGGGACUGAAAUUAUUCAGUAGAUCAACACUAAAAGUUACGACAUUGGGCGCACUCAUAAACAUACAGUCCCAGACAGUUUUCUUUUUUACCAGAUCACACAAAGAAAAGUCUAUGAAAAUGUCAACUGUGCAAAAUAUUCUGAAGAAACAAGCUAACGGGAAAAUAAACUAUUAGCUACCUUGCUUAAUGCUGAACAUCAGUCCACACUGAUCUAAAUGUCUAUUGGCUGUAGAGGAGUGCAGGGGUAUCACAGUGUGACAGCUGAUGGACGUGUUGUACAGUACAAAGUGAGCUUCGUCUGACCAGCGUUUGGCCUCUGCUGUUAAUGCUAAGCCUUUGUAGUGUGGACUGUUGAUGAUUAGCCUCCUGGCCCGCAGUCUCUGGUCAUUAGCCCACAUAGUAGAGAUGAAUGGGGGCAGAGUGGGAGGUGUAGUGUUAGAUAUCACCCUGGAUAAGCCUGUCUGAGCUGCUUCUUGUCCCCCUGAUCUUCACUUAAUAAACAGACUCAGCUCACACUGUGCAGAGCCACUCAGGUGAUUUCCACGUCAGCGACACAGGUUACCUGUGAUAACUCUGGUGUAUCUAAGGUGAAGGUAUGCAACAAAAUGUGUCCUUAUCUGACUGUAAUAGUGAACGGCCUGCCACUGGAGAUAGAAGAAAAUGUAUGUUUAUCAUAAGCUCUUGUGUGACACCAUGCAUGCUGUCAGUCCUGAGAAAUAUUACUUAAAUGGUAUAUUUCGUCAGACUCUUUUAGUUAUUAUUCAAUCAGAAAUUCAGUUAAAAAGCAAAGCUGCAGACUGCAGAAACAGCACCGUUUUGUUUCAGUCUCCUUCAUUGCUGUCAACGCUACACUUGUCCAUCUGCGCCUCUGGUUUAAUAGGUGAAAGGUGAUCUCUCCCGCUCCUCCUCCAAUGCCCCGUCUGAGGGGCGUGCAGUGACGUCACUGAGGGGGGAUUGCCCUGCUCCGUAAAGUAGUCCGACCGGAUAUAAACAGAAACAACGAGAGGGGAAAUAAAGCGUCUCCAACUUCAAAGUAAAAGCCUCGAAAAAGAAGGCAGUCGUAGGUAACCUUAAAAUCGUAGUGAUACACUCACCAAGUAAUAAAGCCUGAUUCAACAUCAGGAAAUAAUUGAAGAAUAGACAUGAUAAUAAUUUGGCAUGUUGCAUGGUUGGAUAAUAAUUGCACCUUAUAAACAAGUGGCAUAUAUUUAAGAUAGUGUGUAGUGUGUAGGCAAUGUUGAUGCUGUAUGUUUCCAUAAAGUGUACACGCACACACACAGGCAAUAAGAACACACUGAAGUAUUUUAAAGUUUUAAAAGAUAGUAUGAUCGUAAAUGGAAAUUUGUUCAUGAUGCAAAAAUCAAUGAAAAUUGUGUUUUUUCAGAAAAUAUGUUCCACUUUCUCAAGUUAGCCUCAUAUUUUCAUUGUAACUACUUUCUACUGAAUUAAAAAAAAAGGAAGGUCAAA